UUACGAAAAGCCAUUCCAUGUACGUGAAAUCUCUCAAGCUCGACAUCCUGACUAUAAAGAAGUUUUACAAAUAUCUCCUGGAUUAAACAAGUAUUGGAUCCCUGAAUGUGAUGAAACAUUCAAACUAAGGCUUGGCAUGGUAUUCAAAACCCUUGAGGACGGUAUUGAGUUUUAUAGGCAGUUUGUGGGUGCUUGUGGCUUCGACUCUCGUAUUGGUUCUCAAACUAAGGACUGCCGGCCUAGGACAAACACUGUUGUUUGGAAAUAUGUUGUGUGCAAUAGAGUCGGUUUCAAGAAUCCUGCUAAACCCAAACUGGUAGAAGCCAGUCAUGGUCCUGUGUUUAGCGCUGUUAGUAAUGAACAGCCAGAACGCUCACAUAAUGACGCAGAGGCUCACAUUUUGCCAGAGCAAGCAGAACCUUCACAAAUGUGCUUGCCUAAUUGCACACCAGUUCUUUUAAAAGUGCUUCCUAUUAUUUAGCACAUCUGAUGUUAUCUAAAUGCACACUCCAUUUAUUACAAAUGUGCUAGAAUAAGUUCAAA